AUGGUUGCCGAGACUCGAUCAGCAAAAAGAGCUGCUGCUGCAGCUUCUAUUAGCACUCAUUCUACAUCAUCAAAUAGUCUUAUCACUUGUUUGUCGUCAUUCUCAUCUUCUACAUCUACAUUAGUGAAUACAUCAGAUAACACUCGAGAUAGAAAAAUUAAUCGAAGAAAUGUUCGUUGCUCCUCACCAUUAAUAGCACGUUCAAUUUUAAAUAAGAGCAAACAGACGGAACCUACAACCAUUUCAACACUUUCACAAACCAAUCAUACAUCACUUUCAAUCUCAUCUGCAAAACAACGUUCGAAAUCUGCGGUUCAAACUAUUACACAACGUUCAGUUACAGCACAAUCAUCACCUAAAUUAAAAACUUCUUCAUCUAUUAUGUCUUCAUGUUCAUCACCAUCAUCUUCAUCACCAUCAUCUUCAGUAUCCUCGCGAUCUUCGUCCACAUCCUCUACAUCAUCGGACGACAGUGUUUCUUCGUUAGAUCUGUCUUCACUGUCACUAACAUCAACAACAGAUCGGUCUAAAUCAUCUCCAUCAGACCAAUCUACUACUGUUGAUAGUCCUAUUACGUGGUGUCCAUGUUUCAUCAUUACAUCAGCAAAUACUGGUACACCAGACUCACCAAUUUAUACCUAUAUUAAAGCAACAGCUGAACACAAUCAUUCUCCUAAUCCAGUCGCACAAAAAAUUAAUAUCUUUAUUUCAAAGUUGAAAGAUUUAUCAUCUGAUCCUGGUAGUGAUCCUUCAGUUGCUAAAUAUAAUAAAUUGGUAGCACAAAUGAAAUUUACACGUGAAGAAAUGGCAAAAUUGCCAACAUUUUAUAGUUUAAGAGUAACACUAUGGCGAGCUCAUUCCAAGGAUAUGGGAACAUUUCCAAAAGAUAUUACAUUCUCAAUACCUGAACAAUUUAAAAUGACAAGUGAUGAAGAACAAUUUAUUGUUAUUGAUCAUAUUUAUGGAAAAGAACAAAAGAGAAUUAUUUUGUUUUCUGGUCCAGAACAAUUUCAAUUAUUAUGUACAACCACACAAUUAUUUGCUGAUGGCACUUUUUCUGUUACACCACGUCCAUUCAAACAAACCUAUACAAUUCAAGCAUUACAUGAAUCAGGAAUUGGCAAGUUUUAUUUUUCAAUAUAG